AUGGCAGCAAUUCAAAUUAGCAGCGGCGCUGGCGUUGAGAAAGAAGAGAGAACGACGCCGAUAUGGGACGGCAACAAGGGCAGCAAACCUGACGAGCCCGAAUCCCCCAUCAGGGCGUCGGGCCAUGAUGUUGAGGCAGGCUUUAUCGCGUCUGGCAAAACAGACGCUGUGACUGCGCAUUCCGCUGCUGUCUCCAGCGGAUGUGGCGCGGAGGCGGCGGCGACCGCUCCGCCCCGACAACCUGCGCUGUCCGCCCAAUCGUUCGCGCCGGUUACCCCAGGCGCAGGCGAAAUUUCGACGAAGAGCCGCUCGCGCUUGACUGAUAGCGACUGCUCUCCUCGGCCCGCCAAUACGACAAGCACCUUGGCUCCGCGCGAGGCCGACGCGGAAAAAGGUGAAACUUGCGCCAACGCGGAGGCGCUAGCGGAGAGGAGAAAGUCAGCGCUGAGGGCUGUGGAUUGGCGGAGAAACUGCGGGGACGGCGGGGAGACGGAGGAGCGAAUGCGCGCGCAACUGGCGGACGCGCGGAAGAUGGUGCGCGCGCUGGUGGGGGAACUGGCGGCGAGAGACGUUGAAGGGGAUGAUGACGUGGCGUCGGGGGGCGAUGACGAGGAUGUGGAUGAUGAUGACGAGGAUGGGAGAGGCCAAGGGGACGAAUUCGAUCUGACCAAGGCGCUGCGGCAGGAGCGGCGGGUGGUGCGGCUGAAGCAGCAGCUGGCGCGCGCGCGGGCGGAGCGGGAAUCCCUUGAGGCGGAGAUGCGCGCGGAAAGGGCGGAAUGGCACGCGAAGGAGGCGGAAAGCCGCAGGGGGAAGGCGGGCGCGCGCACCAGCGGUACCGUAAUGGAUCCCUGGGGUGAAACUAAUACUACUGGGGGGGAGGCCGGAGCUAAUAGUGCUGCUGCCGAACCUGCACAGCAGGUUUGCGUCGAGGCCGGAGCUAGAAGCGAGGAGCAGAUUACAGCAAGCGAGCAGGCGAGCAGCGGUGACGGCUGCUGCUGCUGUGGGGGGAGUAAGGCGCUAGAGGAGCUACAGGCGCAGGCGAUGGUGGCGCAGGGGGAGGUGUUUCUGGUGCAGGCUCAGCUGGAGCGCGCGGAGGCGCAGCUGCUGCGCGUGCAGGAGGAGAGGCGGAAGGAGCGGGAGAGGCAUAGGGGUGCUCUGAAGCAGUUCGUGCGAUUUGCGAUGGAGGAUAGGGAGAGGGAGAAGGGGAGAGCUGAGGAGGAGAUGGGGAGAGAGAGGAGGGAGAUGGAGGGGAGGCGGAGGAAGGAGGUGGGGGGACUGGAGGAGGAGGUGGAGAGGUUGAGGAGAGAAGUGGAGAAGGGAAGGGAGAGGGAGAGAGAGAGGGUGCAGGAGGCGUGGGAGAGAGGGCGGAAGGAGGGGGCAGGUGAGGUGGAGUUUAUGAGUAAGGUGAUUGGGGAGGGGGAGAGGCGCGUGGGGGAGCUAAGGGCGCGAGUCAGGCAGCUUGAGGAAGAGAAGGGGGAGGUUGAGAGGGAGAGGAGCGAGUGGGACGCGGAGAGGAGGGAGUGGGAGGCAGAGAGGAGGAGGAUGGAGGGGUGGGUGAAGAGCGAGCAGGUGAGGAGGAGGGCAGUGGAAGCGGCGUUGAGAAGGGUAGAGCGGGAGGUGGUAGAGCUGAGGAAGGCGAAGGGUGCGGUUGAAGGGGAGAGGAGGGCUGUGGUGAGAGAGGUGCAGAGAGAGGUGGUGAGGGGGAGAGAGAGGGUGGAGGAAUUGGGGAGGGAGGUGGAGGGAUUGACAGGCGAGGUGCGGGAGUUGAAAGACGAUGUGGAGGGGUUGAAAGACGAUGUGGAGGGGUUGAAAGACGAUGUGGAGGGGUUGAAAGACGGGGACGCACGGCAGGCAACAGGGGCGGCGUGUUUUGAGGAGGCGGACUCUUCUCAUAAGGCUGCGUCUGUGCGUGUGCUGCUAUUCCAGGAGCGGCCAGAUCAGGUGUCCCUGUUGAGCCGACUCAAAAGCACCAGGCAUGUGCGGCCAGGCCAGGUGCGCCUGCACCAGGUAGCACCUGCCUGUAUGGAGGCGAGGCAGGUCAUUCCCUGGCCAGCAGCAGCCAAGGGUCGGAGGGAGGAGAUGGAGGGGCAGCAGUGGGUUGCUGCUCCUGCUGCCCUGGCGGGGAUGGUGCAGCAGUAG